UGACGUCAUCAGCCGCCUUCAUCCGGGAACCGAGACCCUGGACCUUCCCUCCUCCCACUGCCCUUCCAUCAGUGUUUAGUGUUAUUUCCUAUAUUUUCCAGCUGUUUUCAUGCAUAGAGAAGAAUAUAAAGAGAAGAAAGAAGGAGAAAUGAAGAAGAAGGAGGAGGAAAAAGAAGAAGGAAAGGAAGGAGGAAGAGGAGAAGGAAAAGAAGAAAUAUUAAGAAGACAAUAUUUUCACUGAAUUUCCAGCGUUUUAAAGGGCCUAAUGAUGAUGAUUCCUGCUUUCAUCCUCAUCGGGGCUAACGAGACCAACCUGGGGCUGUACUCUGGACUGACGCUGUAUGCCAUAGAUAGUUUUCAAGAAUGCGAUACCUACCAUCUGACAUCUACGGUGGAGAGUUCUGAGAGCAACAGUGAUCCUGAUGAAGGUCUACUCAUGAGAAAAAGGAGAAAACGUUGUAAGAAAAAUCUGCCUGAUGACUUUGUCAGCAGUGAAAACUUACAUGAAGCUGUCCACAUGAAGCCAGCCUCACAGAAGCCACAGGUCACAACUUCUCAAGAUAAGGUAGCUUCUGCUCCUUCACAGGUUGUACUUCCAACACCUCCUCCUAAGGUGUCUUUGGAUAUGCGGUCACCAGAACCCAUGGGAUGAUGGAGUGCAGUGCAACAAAAGAUUCGGUAUCCAGCAAGACAUCCAAGUCAUCUGACAACAGUGAUGGCAGUGGCCAGCAUGACAGGAGACAUCAUGACACGCCUUACCAAAAAAGAAACCAUGAUCGAGGUGACAAUCUUGACCACCAUGACAGGAGACACCAUGACACACCUCACCGAAGAAGAAGCCAUGACCAAGGUGACAGUCCCGACCACCAUGACACACCUCACCGAAGAGGAAGCCAUGACCAAGGUGACAGUCCCGACCACCAUGACACACCUCACCGAAGAGGAAGCCAUGACCAAGGUGACAGGAGACACCAUGACACACCUCACCGAAGAAGAAGCCAUGACCAAGGUGACAGGAGACAUCAUGACACACCUUACCGAAGAAGAAGCCAUGACCAAGGUGACAGUCCCAACCACCUAUCUUACUAUAGUGACAGUCCCGACCAGCAUGACAAGAGGCACCAUGACACAUCUUACCGAAGAAGAAGCCAUGACCAAGGUGACAGUCCCGACCACCUAUCUUACUAUAGUGACAGUCCCGACCAGCAUGACAAGAGGCACCAUGACACACUUUACCGAAGAAGAAGCCAUGACCAAGGUGACAGGAGACAGCUUGACACACCUGACCGAAGUGAUAGCCCUGGCCAGCAGGAGAGGAGAUAUGAAAAACACUAUCAAAAUAGAAGUCAUGACCAUUAUGACUGGGACAAUAGACGUGAUAGACACAACCAGAGAGACAACAAGAGCAGGUGUGACCCUUGUAAUGACAAUCAAAAGAAUCACAAAGGUAGCCAGGAAGAUGCUGAAUCCAGCUUCCCUCUAACUAGUAAGUUCUAAUCCUUAUCACUAUGAGGAAUUGUAUGUAGUGAUUAGUACCCAAAAUGACAAAGUUGAACAUAACAAUAUUAAGUACAUAGACCUAGUUGAUAUACCCUGGAACAUUAUUGCACUGUUAUAUUCAUUACGUAUUAGGCUCCGUCCACACUAGCGGGUAAAUCCCUCCGGGCACACAGAAGCUUAUGUCCACGUGGCAAUGCCUGCCUGCCUAGGCCCCUUGAGCCCCAGUCAAGAGACGAGCACCCGUGCAGUCAGGCAGAGGAUCUCUUUAAUCUGAUGAAGACUGCGGUACGACAACAUGAGACCACUGAUUCUAGCCGGAUGGAGGGGUAGACAUGACCAUCUGGUGUAGCCGUAUGUACUUCCCUGGCAAACUGACAGCCAUGGAUCCAAAGCUCCCAAUGUACCUUGUAUGUCUGGCAGUGGUGUACUGCCAGGUGCAACGGGCUAUGCCCGAUGAAAUUCCUCAUCUUCUGUCACAGGCAGUUUACUCGUCUUUUGCAAAAGUGGAGAAAAUGUCGGCGGGCAAACAACUCGCUUCUGCCCGCUAGAGUGGAUGGAGCCUUAUAUUGCAUGGCAUAGUAGGUAGUUUCCCACAACCAUUUUCAGUUUCUCAAUUUUCUAAAUAUUUAACCCAACUGUCCUUUAUAUAUAUGUUUUUUUUUUUUUUUUUUUUUUUUUUCACAUCUUGGCCACUACGCUUGUUAAUGACACUGGCCUAUAGUUUAACGGAUCCUCUUUACUGCCACCUUUAAAAUUGGUUUGAUGGUUGCCCUCUUCCAAUCCACUGGUAUUUUCCCGGCCCUGUGCCAGUGAGACAUAUCAAGUUACUCAAUUUACCUGCUAAUUGUUGUAUGCACUCUUUUAGCACCCAACUGUGGUCUGUAUUGUUUUAAGCAUAUUGUGUACUUGUGGCAGGCCUGGUAUUCUUUGCAUAUAUUCCCCCUGGGGCUACAUAGAUACUAGAAUGUAGCCCUCUCCAUGUCGGCUGUGUGCCGUAAGAGGCGACUGAUUCUGGCCCUGGGUGGGGAUCUCUUUUACUAGCCCAUAGCAGGUCUUUUUACCGCUUGACAUAUUUUCCCUUCUCAUUUCCCUUUGCUUUCUGUCCAUUUUCUUUUACGUUCUCUUACUUUUCCGAGUGGUGGGCUGACUCUUUGUCAGAGUGAGGGUUGGUGUCCUUUACUUCCCAUAGCCAUUUCUGUCUUUCUCUUGUUCUAUAUACCUCUACUGUUUAGGGUGACACUAGGCUGGGGAUCUGCCCAUUCUUCUCUACCUUUUAUAGUCCCACUUGUGGCACAUGCCCAGGGAUAAUGCUAGGCACAAGUGCCAUGGGAACCCAUUUAUUGAGUCGUGGCCCGGGAUGGCGGAUGGUCACCCUCACAGUUCAAGGGUGGUUUCUGCUGUUCUGGACCAUGGCAUGGGGAGGUAAUGCAUAGGAGCAGGUGUCAGGCUAUGGAUGGAUUGUGGCUAAACAAAGUUUUAAUUUUUUGUAUUACUGGGAUCAUCCAUUUAUAUAUUGCAGUUAUUCUUCAUUCAAGUCAGAUAUCUUGAAAGCCUUUAUAUAUAAAAAUGCAAGCACUAACUUUUUUUUUUUUUUCAUAAAAUAUGGAAAUUAUUUUGGUUUUGAUAUUUUUACAAGGAUGAAGAUUAUUAAAUUUAUGAAAAAGUGUAAGACUGAAGAAUAUAUAUAUACACACUUUCUGUA